UGCUUUCCAACACAGAGCAGGGCAUCUGGCUGAUCUAGUUCUGCCUCUGAGGAAUGUGUUUGUGCAAGCCUGCUGUACCUCGCCCUGCCCUUUGUUAUGUGGACUAUCUCAAAGUGUUCCAGGAAAAGAUUGCAAGCAGGAAGAUGACUGGAACUUUUGAUUGGGAGCGCCACGUCAGCAAGUUUCACAACUAACAUGUGACACCCUUUCAACCGGAACUUUACCAUGGACCUGGUGAAACAUACAGGUGGCUGCCACUGUGGGGCUGUGCGAUUUGAAGUCUGGAAUUCCCCAGACCUCCAUGUUUUUCAUUGCAAUUGCAGCAUUUGCACAAAGAAGCAAAAUCAUCAUUUCAUUGUGCCAAAAAAUCGCUUCACGCUCUUACAGGGUUUGGAAAAUCUGACCACGUACACAUUUAACACUCAUGUUGCAAAACACACCUUCUGUAAAACCUGUGGAGUUCAAAGUUUCUACACACCACGCUCCAACCCAGACGGAUAUGGCAUUGCUCCACAUUGUCUGGAUCCAGGUACUGUGCACAGUGUCACAGUGGAGAACUUUUGUGGGGAGAAGUGGGAAGAAAGUAUGCAAGUUCACGAAACUAUCAGAGACAUGUCAAAACCAGAGGAAAACUAACGCUAUUGUCAUAUAAGAAACUUUAUUUUUCAAUCAGCAUGACAUCAGAAACAUUCAACAGUACUUUCAUUGGUCUUUAAAGUAAUAAAAAAAAGUCAUAACCCCUUGGAAAAGCUUAAAUACUCUAUAUUUUAAUACAGUGUUGUGACUGAGUCAAUAAAAGUUUUUCUGUAACAAAAAAG